CUUGAACACCUGAGUUGUGGUGGCAAAUACAAAGUUCCAGCAAUCGUUUAUAUAACCGCCGUGCGAGACAACUGCCCGAUCGGGCAAUAACAGGUGACGCAAAAACAGUCAAUCAAACGCUGCUAGCCACGUUACAAGCAAGUGCCUUCAGGCAUGGCUGCUGUGUGAUAAAUCGUGCUUCAUAAAAUAUAUUGCAAGGAAGGGACAACUGGAAAAGAAUCUCCAGAAACGCUUACCUAGGUCGUUUGCGACGACGCCGUUGAACAACUUGCGAGUGGACCGCUUCGUCGGACUUGAGCAACAACGGGCCAGUAGAAAGACGGCACGUAGACGACGUAGGAGGCGCAGCCACUAUCCCGACCAUCCACGCAAAGCCGAGCCAGGCCGAUAUAGGUGUUUCGCUGAUCGGCGCAGGAAGGGACACGGGGACUUCAGGGACACUGCAAGGUCUCUGCCUGAGCCCAUAUCACCAUGUUGUUCCGCACACCUUUCACGGACCUGGUGUCCGCGUGUGUGGAAGGAGAAAGCAACCGCAACUGCCAGAAGCUGUCCAUGCAGCUAGCGCUCUGCAAGGAGGCCUACGGCGAGCAUAGGGCUCAAGAGAAGUGCGCGGCGGAAAGCGAGGACUUCAAAGAGUGUAUCUACGGUUUUAAGCAGCGUGCACGAGUGGUCAUCAUGCAACGAGAGCGGGAGAGGCAGUUCAAGAACGGGGAGCGGAAGCAGCACUAUGCCGAAACGCCUCCCGUAGAUGGCUUCGCCAUGCGUGACCCGUUUUCAUAAGCUGUUCACUUGCUGUAGAAAAUAAAUGCUGUGCAAAUUACUGCAA